AUGGAGUCUCUGCUGGCUCCCACUGGAGGCCUUACUACGGACCCUACUGCUGCGAGCAUCACCGCAAGCCCGAAUCCGGGCCAAGUUGCAGAUCUUCUUGCAGGUCGUGCUACAGACGAUGCAGAUCCUGCUGCAGGCCCGACAUCAGAUCCGGCAGCAGGCCCUACAAAGGAUCCAACUACAGGCCCGACAGCAGAUUCCACUGCAGACCCAAAUACAGGCACUACGCUACGGAUCCUCAAAUGUCGGCGUGUGACUAGACGAUCAAGCACACCAGGGACGUGA